UUUCAAACAAGAGAAGUGUUUCAUUCUUUCAGGGUUCUAAUAAAUUUAAUAUUUAUAGUAAUUAUGAUUAUUACGACAGAGGAGACGUAUUAUCCGCCACAUAAUUCCAAUGCAGAUAUAAAUAUCUAAACUUUCGGCGUUAGGAGAUGCAGGAGUAGAAUCACAAGGAACAAUACUGGCCUUCAUUUUGAGAUAAUCAAACUGGUGAGCAGUUCAAGGCUUCCAGAUUUGACAAUGGGAGAAAAUUUCUGAGACAUUUGCUAAUUUUUGAAAGAACAGAUUCAUAGGCAAGUAUCAAUCACAUAUACAACUCAGCAAAAUGGCAUCAUGAAGGAAAGGAAUAGGAUAAUUAUAGAUAUGGUGAGAAGCAUGUUCAAAGAAAACGAAGUUCCAAACAAACACUGGGCUGAAGCAGUCCAUACUCUUGGUUAUCUGCUUAACAAUAGUCCUUAAAAGGCAUUCCAAGGCAUGACAUCUCAGGAAGCUUGAAGGUAGAAAACAGAGGUGUAGAAGAACUGAGAUGAAAGAACUAAAUUCUGAUAUUAGCAUGGUACAAGCAGAAUUAGCACAUUGAAAGCUAAAUUCUGAAGAAGAGCUUGUUUAUAUAUAUUUUUUAAUGAUAUCCUCAAUAGUGUCAAUUCCGUCCCUUUUGGUGGGAGGAGUCACCAUCCAAUCCCACAGUCAUUGUAUUAAAUUCAAAUGUAUAAAAUAUGAUUGGAGCUAUGUACCACAAGCAAAGAACUUCCAUGUGCUAGCACAGUGUGGUACUGUAUUUCGUUCAAAAAGGAGAGGUGAAAAGAAAACACCUACCAGUCCUGAGCAUGUGGUUCGGUUGAUAAUGAAGUGUUCUGAAGAGGGAGUUGCAACUUUAGCUAAAUUACUGGAAAAACACUCCAGACUGGUGCGACUUGAAGAAUGUUUUCUUCUCUUUGACAUAUUUGGUAGAAAAGAUAAAUGGCUCGAGGCUUUGGAGGUAUUCAGAUGGAUGCAACAACAAAAUUGGUACCAUGUGGACACUGGUGUUUAUUCAAAGUUGAUAUCAAUAAUGGGAAAGAAGGGCCAAAUUCGAUUGGCAAUGUGGCUUUUUGCAGAGAUGCGGAAGAGUGGAUGUCGACCUGACACCUCAGUAUAUAAUGCAGUAAUUCAAGCACAUUUGCAUACUAAAGAUAAGGAAAAGGCCCUUGCAAAAGCAUUUGGGUAUUUGGAGAAAAUGAAGGAGAAAGCUAGAUGUCAACCCAACAUUGUAACUUACAACAUUCUUCUUAGAGCUUAUGCACAAGCUAGAAAGGUGGAUAAAGUUGAUGCAUUGUUUAGGGAGAUCCAAACUUGUAAAAUUGAAGCAGAUGCUUACACAUACAAUGGUGUGAUGGAUGCUUAUGGUAAAAAUGGAAUGCUUGCAGAAAUGGAGCAAGAACUUUGUCGUAUGAAAAAAAACAAAUGCAAACCAGAUAUAAUUACUUUCAAUUUACUCAUAGAUGCCUAUGGUAGGCGUCAAGAUUUUAACAAAAUGGAAGAAGUUUUUACAAGCUUGUUACGGUCAAAGGAGAAACCUUCAUUGCCAACUUUCAAUUCAAUGAUUACCAACUACGGAAAGGCUAGGCGUAUAGAAAAGGUGGAAUCAGUCUAUAAAAAGAUGACUAGCUUAGGCUAUGAACCUAGCCAUGUUACGUAUGAAUGUUUGAUUCUUGCAUAUGGACAUUGUGGUAAUGUUACAAAAGCGAGAGAUAUAUUUUCUGACAUGAUAGGCACAAAUAUAAAGCUACCUAUUUCUACUUUACAUGCUUUACUUGAGGUCUAUUGUAAUAAUCGACAAUUGGAUGAGGCACAUAUAUUGUUUUGUAAUGCAAGUAGUAUGGGUAUAGAGCCGCAAACUUCAACAUAUAAACUCUUAUACAAAGCAUACACAAGAGCCAAAGAGACACAUCUGGUAGAAAAACUUCUGAAAAGCAUGAAUGCUAAUGGUGUUAUCCCAAACAAGAAGUUUUUCAUGACUGCAUUAGGCUCCAAUAACUCAUCGCAGUCGAAGGAUGAAACAAAUGAUGCUAGUAAUGAUUCUGGUCCUCAAGUAGUGGAUAACCAUAGAAGACAAGUUUAAUCGUUUUGCAAUGUUGAGCUUGAAGUACACAACAGGAAACUGCCUCUUAUCUGAUGUUCUGUAAAGUCUCCAUUUUGUUAAUUGAUGACAUCUUCUGUCAGGCUUCUAUAA